GAUAAACAACGGCAUUACGAUCAUUGUUCAUUUCUGGUACGUUGACAGUUUAUAAAUUUAAAACAAUGAUUACAAGACCUUUUUGGUAAAUUACUCAGUGAAAUCCUCAAUAAGAACUCAAAUUUAAGAUAUAAACAGGCUGUCCUGAUAUGCAUCAUCGCGUACGACGUAAUAUGUGAGCGUCGAGCGUACAUCUGCAUCAUCUGUAAGGUUGUGUCAAGUCCUCCGUAAUUCCUCAAAGGUUGUCGUCAUUGCGUACGUCAAUGUAAAUAACUUGAUUGUCUGCUGCAUUUUUCAUGAAAAAAAGGAUAAAUCAACAGUAUUUCAGUUGAAACUUACUUCAAGUUGGCAGUGGGGCAGGGCAGCAGGCCCGGGCAGCUGACAUGGAGCAUCAGGCCCACGCUGCCAUGUUGAACCCAAACUCCAACAGUAGCUUGCCAAACGAGCCUUCACCAGUCCAUCAACCCAACACAGGCGUAUCUAGUGUGACUUCUUCCCAAGGAGCACCUUGCCCUGCUGGUCCCCCGAUGGUGUCCCAGCAGUACAUGGUUAUGAUCCAGAAUGCGACAGGUGUCACACCAGAUUUCAACGUUCGUGGAGCCUACAUGACUGCUCAUCUUCAGAUUAUCUGUGGAGCUUUGUCUGUCAUUCUUGGGAUCAUUGCAAUAUUGAUUGAGUCAGAGGAUGCUUACAUCGGUGCUCCCAUUUGGACCGGAAUAUUUUUCUUUAUGUCUGCUGGGUUGACUGGAGAGUUUGCUGCUAAGAAAAGACACAACUGUUUGAUCACUGGCUACCUGGUUUUGUCAGUCUUGUCUUCUGUGGCAGCUUUCCAGCUCUUGUCACUGAUGGCCUCCUUCACAGCUUGGGAAUUUGGCACGUUCUAUUCCUCCCGUAUUAGGGCUCGGGUUGCUGUAGAUGCUCUGACAGCUGUUGUUGCUCUUCUUGAACUUGGAAUUUCCAUUGUAGCAGCCGUCAUUUCAUGUCGUGGAACAUGUUGCCAAACAGCCUCUGGCCCAUCCAUGACGGUUCAGUAUAUGCCUGCUGUGCCAAAUGGGGGGACAAAUAUUUUGCAGAAUGAGCAAGGGGGCUUUGUGCAGGGUCAGCCCAUCCAAGUAACAACCUGUAGCCCAGGGCAGGUGGCCUGUCAGUUACAAGCCUGCCCUGUGCCUCAACCUUCACCCCCACCUAGGCCUCAUGCCCAGCAACAUGAAGCUUACCCUUCUCUGUAUCCAAGUAUGGAGGAUAGUGGCAACCAGUUGGAGGAUACAGAAAACGAUCAUGUCACAGGCAUGGAGAAAGUUCCUCUUGUGUGAGAAGAUAGGACAAAAAUGGAUUGAUGCUGUCCGGGAGAGGACAGAUAGUUGUCAAGAAAGAUCAUUUGAAGAUCCUUAAAUCUCUCUCAGAAAGGUUAGCUUCAGAACCACUGCGUAUGAAGAUAUUUUACCCAGUUCUAUAAUCAUUGUCCACCUGAAAAGCCCUAUGGUCACUAGUUUAUGUAAGUUCUGCAUUACAAAAAAAAAUGAAAAGGUAUACAAGUACAGUUUUAUUUUUUAAUGUUAAGGGGUGGUUGCAGUUUGAAUGAGUAGGUAAACAUUGCUAUAAACUGUAAACUGCAGUGCCAGUUAUCUUUCUGAAUGUCAGUGCCAGUAAGUCGAUUUGGACUUGAGGACAGCCUUAGAUGCCUCGGGCCAAUUUUAAGAGGCCCAAAACACCCGCUUUUAAUCAUGAGGAAAUAGUAUAUGAUAACAUCUUGUAUCAAAUGCCUACUUUUGGAAAAAUCAUACAAGAAAUCAAGAAAGUGAUUCUGCUUUAUAAGAUUACGACUUCAUGCUAUUUUAGUGCAAUGUGAAACCCAGUCUUGCCAUGUUACAUGUAGGUGUCAAAAAGUAUGAUUGUUAGGAGACAUGUAUUUUGUGUUGAUAUUACAAGGAUAUUGUCUACGCUUUCUUGUGUUUUCAUUCUUAGCUGCCUCUAUGUGUUACUCACUUUGUGGCAAAUUUUCACUUGUACAUGUAUAUGUAUUGAAAAAUGUAAGUUCAUAAAAAGCUGUUCAAUUUUCUAUUUAAGUUGGACACUUGCAAGUUGUAUGAACUUGAUUUCAGAUAAAUUUGGGUUUUGGUAAGUUGCAUUUAACAGUAUUUUCAUGUCAAAUUUCAGAAAUGGUGUGACUUAAAAUUAAGUUCUCUGCACCAGAGACAAUUCAGACAUUUUAGCAUCCCAACUAGUAAUUUAAUAUUGACCUUUUUGCUGCCGAUUUGCACAUGCCAUAAAUUGGAAAGUAUCAACUUUGGAAGGUCUGUCCAUGCUGGUAAAACGUCAUUAUUGUGCUACCUUUUGUAACUCCAUUCAUGAAGAACAAACUGUAAUUGUCACUAGAGAUAAAGAUUACAAUGUAUAAACAAGAAGUAACAAACUAUCAAUGAGAUCCUCUUUUACAUGUAGAAGUCAUUGUUUAAUGUCAAUACUUUACAAUGUGUUUGCAUGCUUUUUUAGUAGUGCAUUCCCUUCACAUUUUACUAUUUUUUUUAACAAGUAACUUCUCUACUUAAGUGAUUCAGAGACGGAUUCUUACAUGCUGAAAUUCCAUAAGGGAAACAUGCAGGAGAGUUAAUGGUUAAAAAACUAAGAAUUUUACCUAAGUACAUUUUUAUGUUCUACUUUCUAUUUUGUGCUUUCACAUAUUUAACCAAAUUUCAAAACAAAGUGUUGAACAAGUACUACAUUCAUGUAUAUACUACAGGGUAUUCAUGAGGCUGGAAGUCUUUGCUUUUUAUUAGAAUAAAACGUGAUUGAUUGAUUGAUUGAUGCAUGUAACAUCUUGUAUAUUCUUAUGUUAUAACUUGUAUUCAUGUGGAGGAUAAACACAUGUACCUUGCAGGGGUGUUGUACUUAUUCAGCUUUUAUUAAAGAGUCUUGAAUUUGUGUCUUUAUUAGUACUGUCAAUGGGGUUCUAGUGCAGUUCAUGUGAUGAAUUUAUCAUUGUCAAGGUGCAAUUUAUUUUGAUGAUAUACACCAUGUACACUAUAAUUGUGUGUGCUGAUUUUGUCAAGCACAUAUUGGUUUUAUAUGAUGUAAACAGCUAGCCACGCUUUUGUUCAGAAAUGGAAGCUCUUAUCAGUGUUCCUGCUUAAUGGCCAAUUGAUACCUAUGGUUUAUAUUAUAUGUAUAGCCAAAGGUUCGAAAUUAUGUUGGAAAUUCCAAGGCAAUAGUCAUGGUUGGACAUUCCAUAAAGAGUGGUUAAAUAAAAUGGCCACUAUUAGUUCUUCUAAUGGUUGCCAAAGGAGUCUCCCUUGUCACUUCACAGCUUUGCCAAAUGUGUUUAACACAUUACAUGUAUACCCAUGGUUGGCAUACAUGUACAUAUAUGUACAUGUUAAAUGUAUUCUGUUGUUAGCUCAAACACUUGCCAAAUAAAACAAAAGUUGGAAACA